UACUUUUUCUCUCCAUGGAAUUGUAAUUUGUAGGUUCCUAUGUAAAUCCGAACUUGCUGACCUGAAAGAGAAAGGUGAAUAAUUUUCUGCAUGAGGGGUUUUAUGUAGAUAGAUUUUCUGGGUUUUGAUACAUUUGACUAGAGGAGCCUUCAUCCUAUUCCUUCCAGCAUGGAAGAUGUCCAGCUGAAUACCAAUUGGGAAGAUGUGGUUUGCCCUAUUUGCUUAGAUCACCCCCAUAAUGUGGUCCUCCUUCAAUGUUCGUCUUUUGAGAUCGGAUGCCGCCCAUUCAUGUGCGACACAGACCACACACACUCAAACUGUCUUGAUCGUUUCAAAAGUGCAAAUGGGAUGUUAGCAACUGCAAAGGACCAUUCAAUAUCUGAUCCAGCUUCCACUGAAAGCACACAGCCAGUUACAUUGCAUGGUAAUUGCCGUCCAGCUUGUCCAUUGUGUAGAGGGGAAGUAACAGGGUGGGUUGUCCUGGAAAAAGCUCGUCUGCAUUUGAAUAAGAAGAAGCGGUGCUGCGAAGAGGAACGCUGUUCAUUCAUUGGCAACUACUCAGAGCUCCAGAAGCAUGCUAAACUCAGUCACCCUCAUGCUCGUCCUUCAAAGAUAGACCCUGCUCGGCAACUUGAUUGGGAAAAUUUCCAGCAGUCCUCUGAGAUAAUAGAUGUUUUGAGCACUAUCCAUUCAGAAGUCCCUCAUGGGGUGGUGCUGGGGGACUAUGUGAUCGAGUAUGGGGAAGAAGAAACGGGAGGUGAAUUUGAGGACUUCCCUGGGGAUGAAGGCAACUGGUGGACCUCAUGCAUCUUGUAUCACGUGUUUGAUAACUUUAGGAAUUCAAGAAAUAGAAGACGGUCAAGAACUAGUGAGACUAGGAGAGGACGUCGUAGGUCAAGCUAUGAGGCUUCAAAUUCUGACGAGGGCUCUGUGACAUCUGUAGAAAUUGCAGACUAUAGAGUUGAUGAGACCGAUGAUGAGUCUGUGGCUGCAAGUGGAUCCUCUAGAGGGAGCUCUAAUCAGCGCAGAUCUAGGAGGCGCCAUUCCCGCUUCUAUGACAGUUAGGUCCAAGUUUUGGGAGUGAAGGUUGUGAUCAGGAGCUCUGUAAAAGAAGUGUUGCACAGUCAAAGUUGGUUCUGAAUGCAAGCAGUAUGAGACAGCAUUUGAAAUCGUACACUCUGGUGGUCAUGAGUCAUGACCUCAUGGUUGGGAGGCAUUGGGCUGGGGUGUUUGCUGUGUCAAGCAUGUAGAAGAAGCAUCUUCUAGGACAACCCACACAGUAGUUUCUUUGCACUAGGUGCCUUAAAUGUGUUAGAUAUAAAGCUCCCAAAUUUACAUCGACAUUUCAUACUGAUAUGUAAGUAUGCCGUAGUUGCUUUGGUUAGUUU